GCAAACUACGUUUAAGAACUCCAACCACUUUCCUCAUGGCUUUCCCAUGAGAUGGGUCUGAGCCAUUCGAAGGCUCACUCUAGAGUGAUCAAAGUGGCACCUGUGCAAAGCAAAGAGGAGGAGACUGCGGGUCCUGUCCACUUCACACUCAAUCCAAGCCUGGAAGAAAGAGACCUGUGUCUGUUCCCAAGACUACAGGACCGGAGCGAGGCUUGGGGAGGACCCCUGCCACCUCUACGAGAAACCUGGUAUGGAAGAUACUCAACAGUGUCCAGAGCCAUGUAUUUUGACAUCCCACUGGAGCAGGGAGAAACAAGCAUUAUUAAAAGGCAUCCACCCCGAAGACCUCAAAAGCUUGAACCAAUUGACCUGCCUCAAGUAAUUGCCUCUGAGAGGUUCCUGAGCCAGCGAGAAGCCAGGACAAGGCACAAAGCCAAGGCACUGGAAAAGAAAAUGCAAGCUCCAGUGCAUACUUCUGGAAAAAGACAAUAUUUACAUAAGAUGCAAAUGCUGGAAAUGGACCGUAAAAGGCAAGAGUUCAAGAAAAGUCCUCACAGGGAAGCAAGAAUUAAUGAUCAAAAACUGAGGGACCAUGAGGCUGAGAAAAUCCUUGCAAGUGUCUCAAGGAGUGAUGAUGACGACCUCCUAUCCACAUCUCCCAAGAAAACACUGAACAGAUGUCUAGGAAAUGUAGAAAAUGCAGAAGUUUUGGAGCAUCAUGCAGGAAGUGACUAUUGUACCCAGAAAAUUGGUAAAAUGGAGGCAUGGAUCCGUGAACAGGAAGCCCGGGGACAACUUCUCUGGGACAGUUCCAGCUCUGACACUGAUGAGCUGGGCAAUGAUGAGAAGAAACCACGAGCACUGGUGAGGACAAGAACAGAGAGAAUUCCACAUUUUGAUGAGUUUUUUGAUCAAGAAUAAAAAUGCCAUUCACUAAUCUGAAUCCUAAAAUACCCAUUGAAACAUCACUUUUCUGUCACUCUUCAAUUUAAUACAUGAAUUAUUGUGAGGGAAGCACUUCUGUUUGGCAAAAAGAAACUAUAUCACUUAGAGUCUUAUGGCAAACCGUUUGUUGUAUGUAUCACUACCUACUGCUGUGUAACUGACUGCCAUUUGAUUGUGAUGCUUUUCUGUGGGUGGCUGGACUCACCUAAGUGAUUCUUCUGCUGGUUUAUUUCAAAAUAUUUCAAGUCAUUGAAAUGCAGUGGCAGUUAGGACUGACUCCAUCUGAAAGUUUCAGUAUGACUCCAGA